GCAGCGCACAGAUAGUCGGUCGAAAGCAGCUCCAGACGCGAUCAGUACGUUUUGAGUUGUGCUUCGCGACGGUUGGUGAUCUUAAAAGUGCUCCGAACACGAACAGUGCCCGCAGUCUCUCGGUUUUGGUGUUAUUUUUGUGGCUCUGCAUCUGUAUCUGUAACUGUAUCUGUAUCUCGAUCGGCUCCAGCCCGCUGCAUCCCUAACUCUCUCCCCCUCCCAAGUGUGUGUGCGUGUGUGUGAGCGAGAGUGCUAAGCUUUUUGCUCACACGUCUAACGGUUGCCAAAGUGUGCGUAUCGGUGCCUUAACUUGAACUAUGGGUCGCAUGUUCGUGUGCGUCUAAUAAAUAUAUUUAAAAAUAAGCAUUUCGACAUACCGUCGUGGAAAUUAUGUGACACACACCAGUCCAAAUACCAACAAGCACGUCCCAUUCAUUCGUGCGUUUAUAUUAAAAAGCCAUUCGAGUGCCAAAAGCAACGAAGCGAGCAAUAAUUGUGAUUAAUAACAACGAAACAAACGAAUUCCGACCGCAAAUUAGCCGGAUAAGGCCAUUCAAAUAGCAAUAGUCCAGCCAGGUGCACUACUCACGGCUCCCAAACGGUGAUUACCUCAUCUGUGUCAGCGCUCUGCCAGCAAAAUGGUAUCAAAAAGCAAUAAAAAGAAACAAGUGUCUCAGCAGCAGCAGCAGCAGCAGCAGCAGCAGCAGACGUCAACGUCGCCGCCGCCGCCAGCCACAUCGACCACAACAUCAACGUCGUCGUCGGAGGCCACGAAGCUUACCAAAAAACUGGGUCCCGAUGCGUUCGCCACUCUGACCACCAGCAACAGCUCCAGUUCCAUGCAGCACGAAUCGGUGACGUAUGGCGGUGAUCCUGUCGGUGCCAGCACUUCGGGUGCUUCUCUGCCAGCGGCCGGAGUGAGGAGCUACAGCAGCCGCAGACAGAGCAAGAGCAAGGCAUCCCAGUCGCAUUCCUCCUACACAGAGCAAUCUCAGUCCCAGCUGCAGUCCGAGCAGUACAGCAGCAAGAUCUCGCGGGAUUAUGCCAAUCAGCAGAUCAUCUCAUCGAUUGAUCUGCUCGAAAGUGAAAAGAAGGAUCCAGUAUUCUCGGUGCCCAUCGAAGUGGUGGAGAUCACAACGCCCACACUUUCCGUCUCCGCCAGCGGGGGUAGUGUCUCGAAAAUGUUCACGUCCUCGUCGAUGUCUUCCAGCCAACAGCAGCAGCAGGCCAGUAGCUCCAGCUCGUACUUCCAAGCCACAACCAGUUCCAGCCAGAGCGCCAACGAAACGCUGAUUGCCAGCGAGAGAGCCGAUACGGCUACCGGUAUGACAUCAUCCGGGCCGAGGAAACAGGUUGGCUUCAAUACAGACACCAAGACAGUGACAAACGCCGCCACCACCAGCAACAACAGCAGCAGCAGCAGCACAAGCACAAGCACAAACAUCAACAUCAACACCAGCGGCAGCCGCAGCAGCAAUUUGAGCGAAUCUCAGAGCGUGCCAAAGCUGGCAAUGAGCGGAACAGCUGAUGCUCCCGCAUCGGUGACGUCGCACGGCUACCCCGAACCGGUUGCCGCGUCGUCUGGCGCGACCACAACAAAGUGGACGUCAUCGACGCGACGCAACGAUAAACUGGAAGUGGCCAGUGCUGACACAGCUGUAGACAGAGCUACGUCAUCGUCGUCGAUGGUCGACCAGAAGUCCAGCAAAGAGGUCAGCGAGAGUUCAGUGCUGAAAAGCUCCACCAGUAGCAAGCAAUCGAAGACAUCGUCCAAGAAGGAGGUGUUCGAUGUGAAGACCAAAACCUGGACGGAGUACAGCGAUGGCAGCUCUCAAGGACCCAGUAAGACCCGGCCGACCUUCGAGCGGUAUGUCAGCAAGGAGUCCGAUGGCACCUCCAAAGUAACGUACAAGAAGAAGAUAUACGACAGACGCAACAACCGGUGGCGCGUAGUGGAAGAACGGACGGUGGACAGCACCGCCGACACGGGCUAUCCCGAAAUAGUCGAUGAUGUCAUUAACACAACAAGAACCACAUACACCACCAAGGUGUACGACACGAAGCUCGGCAAGUGGACUGUUGUGGACGAGAAGUCGUUCACUGAUACGAAAGCUUUUGUGCCCAAUGACAUUGCUCGUGAAAUCGAGAAAGAUAAUACCGAUGUUGCAAACAUAACGACUACAACGGAGGUGACGAAGAUUUUCGAUGCGAGCAUCAACGACUGGCGCGUUCUGGACGAGAAGGUGCACACAGAUGUUAUUGAGAAGAUCGUAGAGGCUCCCAAAAAGACCAUUUACGUGGACGAGUUUGUGGAGAUUGAGAAGAACACCUCGAUAUCUGAGAACAACGAAAACAUAACCCUGAACCUGAAGGAGACAUCGAAGCACAAAAAUAUUACCGAAAAUAUUUAUGAUGAAAUCGAUUAUGUGCGCACUGAUAAGCAACGCCUAAACGACUCAAAAACCCGAGGAGUUGCAAAAAACAAGUCAACAACGCAUAGUGAAAGGUGCAUUUGUGAAAUCUGCACAUGCGGGCGACACCAUUGCUCAAGCAGUACAACGAAAUCAACAGAAAAUACGGUUAUUCAAACCGAUGAUAACGUUGACGAAGAAUAUACAAGGAUACGUACGAAUACAUGGUCGAAAAAAGAUAAUGGAAACAUUCCCAAGCAAAACGAAGACAUUCUAGUGGACUAUAUAGUCAUUAAGAAACCAGAAGACAACUUAAGACCAGAGGGAGACUUUAUAGUUCCUCCGAAGGAGCCAUACAAGCCGGGAGAAAAACGUGAUAAGAUUGUACAUACCGACAACCUCCGCACAGAAGGAGAAAUGACUUUCGUAGAGAGGGAGGAAUACCAAUACACUGUUCGUCCGGGAUAUGUUAAGCCCACAGACAAUCUAAAGCCAGAAGGCGAGUUUUACAGUCCAGAAAAACCUAAGUAUCAACCUGGAGAUCGGCCAACUCAAGUGCGACACAAGGAUAAUCUGAAGCCAGAAGGUGAAUUUUACACGCCGGAGAAACCGGGAUACGCUCCAGCCGAUCGUCCCAUACAAAAAAGGCCGGUCGAUAACCUCAGGCCGGAGGGCGAAUUCGCUUCACCAGAAAAAGCCAAAUAUACUCCUGCCGAAAGGCCUGAAAAAAUAAUAAGAAGUGAUAACUUGCGAACUGAAGGAGAAAUGACCUUUGUGGAGAGAGAGGAAUAUCAAUAUGUUACACGACCGGGCCAAGUUAAGCCAACGGAUAACUUAAGACCAGAGGGUCAAUUCUAUAGUCCUGAAAAGACAAGUUAUCGCCCAGGCGAACGUCCAUCUCAAGUGCGUCCAGUUGAUAAUCUUAAACCAGAAGGUGACUUUUAUACUCCCGAAAGGCCAGGAUUUCAAUCUGCAGAAAGGCCUGUUCAAAAGAAACCGAACGACAAUCUUAAACCAGACGGGGAAUUCGUUAGGCCAGAAAAACAAGUUUACAAGCCGGCCGAUAAAACGGAAAGAAUUAUUCGGAAAGAUAACCUUCGUACGGAAGGAGAAAUGACGUUUGUAGAGAGGGAAGAAUAUCAAUAUGUGGUACGUCCUGAUCAGGUUAAGCCAACAGACAAUCUCAAGCCUGAAGGAGAAUUCUACAGUCCCGAGAAGCCUAAAUACAAGCCUGGUCAGAGACCUUCCCAGGUUAGGCCCGAAGAUAAUCUGAGACCAGAGGGUGAAUUCUACACGCCGGAAAAGCCAGGAUUUAGGCCUGCUGAGAGGCCCGAGCAAAAUAUACCGCAGGACAACCUUAAGCCCGAGGGUGAAUUCUACAGUCCAGAGAAACCUAAAUACAGACCAGGUGAAAGACCUUCACAAGUUAGGCCAGAAGACAAUCUGAGGCCAGAAGGUGAAUUCUACACGCCGGAGAAGCCAGGAUUCAGGCCUGCUGAGAGACCAGAGCAAAAAAUACCAUCGGACAAUCUUAGGCCUGAAGGAGAAUUCUACAGUCCCGAGAAACCAAAAUACAGACCAGGCGAAAGACCUUCCCAGGUUAGACCAGAAGAUAAUCUGAGACCAGAAGGUGAGUUCUACACGCCGGAUAAGCCAGGAUUCAGGCCUGCUGAGAGACCCGAACAAAAGAAACCACAGGACAACCUCAAGCCCGAGGGCGAAUUCUACAGUCCCGAGAAACCGAAGUACAAACCUGGUGAGAGACCUUCCCAGGUUCGGCCGGAAGAUAAUCUAAGGCCAGAAGGUGAAUUCUACACGCCGGAGAAGCCAGGAUUCAGGCCUGCUGAAAGACCAGUACAGAAAAAGCCGCAGGACAACUUAAAGCCGGAAGGCGAAUUCGUGAAGCCUGAGAAACAAGUUUACAAACCGGCCGAUAAAACUGAAAGAAUUAUUCAAAAAGAUAAUCUACGUACGGAAGGAGAAAUGACGUUUGUAGAAAGAGAAGAAUAUCAAUAUGUGGUACGUCCUGAUCAAGUUAAGCCAUCGGAUAAUCUUAAGCCUGAAGGAGAAUUCUACAGUCCCGAAAAACCUAAGUACAAGCCUGGCGAAAGACCUUCCCAGGUUAGGCCCGAAGAUAAUCUGAGACCAGAGGGUGAGUUCUACACGCCGGAUAAGCCAGGAUUCAGGCCUGCUGAGAGACCCGAACAAAAGAAACCACAGGACAACCUCAAGCCCGAGGGCGAAUUCUACAGCCCCGAGAAACCGAAGUACAAGCCUGGCGAAAGACCUUCCCAGGUUAGGCCAGAAGAUAAUCUAAGGCCAGAAGGUGAGUUCUACACGCCGGAUAAGCCAGGAUUUAGGCCUGCUGAGAGGCCCGAACAAAAGAAACCACAGGACAACCUCAAGCCCGAGGGCGAAUUCUACAGUCCCGAGAAACCGAAGUACAAGCCUGGUGAGAGACCUUCCCAGGUUAGGCCCGAAGAUAAUCUAAGGCCAGAAGGUGAAUUCUACACGCCGGAGAAGCCAGGAUUCAGGCCUGCUGAAAGACCAGUACAGAAAAAGCCGCAGGACAACUUAAAGCCAGAAGGCGAAUUCGUGAAGCCUGAGAAACAAGUUUACAAGCCGGCCGAUAAAACUGAAAGAAUUAUUCAAAAAGAUAAUCUACGUACGGAAGGAGAAAUGACGUUUGUAGAAAGAGAAGAAUAUCAAUAUGUGGUACGUCCUGAUCAAGUUAAGCCAUCGGACAAUCUCAAGCCUGAAGGAGAAUUCUACAGUCCCGAAAAACCUAAGUACAAGCCUGGCGAAAGACCUUCCCAGGUUAGGCCCGAAGAUAAUCUAAGGCCAGAAGGUGAAUUCUACACGCCGGAUAAGCCAGGAUUCAGGCCUGCUGAGAGGCCCGAACAAAAGAAACCACAGGACAACCUCAAGCCCGAGGGCGAAUUCUACAGUCCCGAGAAACCGAAGUACAAGCCUGGUGAGAGACCUUCCCAGGUUAGGCCCGAAGAUAAUCUAAGGCCAGAAGGUGAAUUCUACACGCCGGAGAAGCCAGGAUUCAGGCCUGCUGAAAGACCAGUACAGAAAAAACCCCAGGACAACUUAAAGCCGGAAGGCGAAUUCGUGAAGCCUGAGAAACAAGUUUACAAGCCGGCCGAUAAAACUGAAAGAAUUAUUCGGAAAGAUAAUCUUCGUACGGAAGGAGAAAUGACUUUUGUAGAGAGAGAAGAAUAUCAAUAUGUGGUACGUCCUGAUCAGGUUAAGCCUUUGGACAAUCUCAAGCCUGAAGGAGAAUUCUACAGUCCCGAGAAACCCAAGUACAAGCCUGGCGAAAGACCUUCCCAGGUUAGGCCCGAAGAUAAUCUAAGGCCAGAGGGUGAAUUCUACACGCCGGAUAAGCCAGGAUUCAGGCCUGCUGAGAGGCCCGAACAAAAGAAACCACAGGACAACCUCAAGCCCGAGGGCGAAUUCUACAGUCCCGAGAAACCGAAGUACAAACCUGGUGAGAGACCUUCCCAGGUUAGGCCCGAAGAUAAUCUAAGGCCAGAAGGUGAAUUCUACACGCCGGAUAAGCCAGGAUUCAGGCCUGCUGAGAGGCCCGAACAAAAGAAGCCACAGGACAAUCUCAAGCCCGAGGGCGAAUUCUACAGUCCCGAGAAACCCAAGUACAAGCCUGGCGAAAGACCUUCCCAGGUUCGGCCGGAAGAUAAUCUAAGGCCAGAAGGUGAAUUUUACACGCCGGAAAAGCCAGGAUUUAGGCCUGCUGAGAGGCCUGAACAAAAGAAACCACAGGACAACCUCAAGCCCGAGGGCGAAUUCUACAGUCCCGAGAAACCGAAGUACAAGCCUGGUGAGAGACCUUCCCAGGUUAGGCCCGAAGAUAAUCUAAGGCCAGAAGGUGAAUUCUACACGCCGGAGAAGCCAGGAUUCAGGCCUGCUGAAAGACCAGUACAGAAAAAGCCGCAGGACAACUUAAAGCCAGAAGGCGAAUUCGUAAAGCCUGAGAAACAAGUUUACAAGCCGGCCGAUAAAACUGAAAGAAUUAUUCGGAAAGAUAAUCUUCGUACGGAAGGAGAAAUGACUUUUGUAGAGAGAGAAGAAUAUCAAUAUGUGGUACGUCCUGAUCAGGUUAAGCCUUUGGACAAUCUCAAGCCUGAAGGAGAAUUCUACAGUCCCGAGAAACCCAAGUACAAGCCUGGCGAAAGACCUUCCCAGGUUAGGCCCGAAGAUAAUCUAAGGCCAGAGGGUGAAUUCUACACGCCGGAUAAGCCAGGAUUCAGGCCUGCUGAGAGGCCCGAACAAAAGAAACCACAGGACAAUCUCAAGCCCGAGGGCGAAUUCUACAGUCCCGAGAAACCGAAGUACAAGCCUGGUGAGAGACCUUCCCAGGUUAGGCCCGAAGAUAAUCUAAGGCCAGAAGGUGAAUUCUACACGCCGGAGAAGCCAGGAUUCAGGCCUGCUGAAAGACCAGUACAGAAAAAGCCGCAGGACAACUUAAAGCCGGAAGGCGAGUUCGUGAAGCCGGAGAAACAAGUUUACAAGCCGGCCGAUAAAACUGAAAGAAUUAUUCGGAAAGAUAAUCUUCGUACGGAAGGAGAAAUGACUUUUGUAGAGAGAGAAGAAUAUCAAUAUGUGGUACGUCCUGAUCAGGUUAAGCCUUUGGACAAUCUCAAGCCUGAAGGAGAAUUCUACAGUCCCGAGAAACCCAAGUACAAGCCUGGCGAAAGACCUUCCCAGGUUAGGCCCGAAGAUAAUCUAAGGCCAGAGGGUGAAUUCUACACGCCGGAUAAGCCAGGAUUCAGGCCUGCUGAGAGGCCCGAACAAAAGAAACCACAGGACAACCUCAAGCCCGAGGGCGAAUUCUACAGUCCCGAGAAACCGAAGUACAAGCCUGGUGAGAGACCUUCCCAGGUUAGGCCCGAAGAUAAUCUAAGGCCAGAAGGUGAAUUCUACACGCCGGAGAAGCCAGGAUUCAGGCCUGCUGAAAGACCAGUACAGAAAAAGCCGCAGGAUAACUUAAAGCCGGAAGGCGAAUUCGUGAAGCCUGAGAAACAAGUUUACAAGCCGGCCGAUAAAACUGAAAGAAUUAUUCGGAAAGAUAAUCUUCGUACGGAAGGAGAAAUGACUUUUGUAGAGAGAGAAGAAUAUCAAUAUGUGGUACGUCCUGAUCAGGUUAAGCCUUUGGACAAUCUCAAGCCUGAAGGAGAAUUCUACAGUCCCGAGAAACCCAAGUACAAGCCUGGCGAAAGACCUUCCCAGGUUAGGCCGGAAGAUAAUCUAAGGCCAGAAGGUGAAUUUUACACGCCGGAAAAGCCAGGAUUUAGGCCUGCUGAGAGGCCCGAACAAAAGAAACCACAGGACAACCUCAAACCCGAGGGCGAAUUCUACAGUCCCGAGAAACCCAAGUACAAGCCUGGUGAGAGACCUUCCCAGGUUAGGCCCGAAGAUAAUCUAAGGCCAGAAGGUGAAUUCUACACGCCGGAUAAGCCAGGAUUCAGGCCUGCUGAGAGGCCCGAACAAAAGAAACCACAGGACAACCUCAAACCCGAGGGCGAAUUCUACAGUCCCGAGAAACCGAAGUACAAGCCUGGUGAGAGACCUUCCCAGGUUAGGCCCGAAGAUAAUCUAAGGCCAGAAGGUGAAUUCUACACGCCGGAGAAGCCAGGAUUCAGGCCUGCUGAAAGACCAGUACAGAAAAAGCCGCAGGACAACUUAAAGCCGGAAGGCGAAUUCGUGAAGCCUGAGAAACAAGUUUACAAGCCGGCCGAUAAAACUGAAAGAAUUAUUCGGAAAGAUAAUCUUCGUACGGAAGGAGAAAUGACUUUUGUAGAGAGAGAAGAAUAUCAAUAUGUGGUACGUCCUGAUCAGGUUAAGCCUUUGGACAAUCUCAAGCCUGAAGGAGAAUUCUACAGUCCCGAGAAACCCAAGUACAAGCCUGGCGAAAGACCUUCCCAGGUUAGGCCCGAAGAUAAUCUAAGGCCAGAGGGUGAAUUCUACACGCCGGAUAAGCCAGGAUUCAGGCCUGCUGAGAGGCCCGAACAAAAGAAACCACAGGACAACCUCAAGCCCGAGGGCGAAUUCUACAGUCCCGAGAAACCGAAGUACAAGCCUGGUGAGAGACCUUCCCAGGUUAGGCCCGAAGAUAAUCUAAGGCCAGAAGGUGAAUUCUACACGCCGGAGAAGCCAGGAUUCAGGCCUGCUGAAAGACCAGUACAGAAAAAGCCGCAGGACAACUUAAAGCCGGAAGGCGAAUUCGUGAAGCCUGAGAAACAAGUUUACAAGCCGGCCGAUAAAACUGAAAGAAUUAUUCGGAAAGAUAAUCUUCGUACGGAAGGAGAAAUGACUUUUGUAGAGAGAGAAGAAUAUCAAUAUGUGGUACGUCCUGAUCAGGUUAAGCCUUUGGACAAUCUCAAGCCUGAAGGAGAAUUCUACAGUCCCGAGAAACCCAAGUACAAGCCUGGCGAAAGACCUUCCCAGGUUAGGCCGGAAGAUAAUCUAAGGCCAGAAGGUGAAUUUUACACGCCGGAAAAGCCAGGAUUUAGGCCUGCUGAGAGGCCCGAACAAAAGAAACCACAGGACAACCUCAAACCCGAGGGCGAAUUCUACAGUCCCGAGAAACCCAAGUACAAGCCUGGUGAGAGACCUUCCCAGGUUAGGCCCGAAGAUAAUCUAAGGCCAGAAGGUGAAUUCUACACGCCGGAUAAGCCAGGAUUCAGGCCUGCUGAGAGGCCCGAACAAAAGAAACCACAGGACAACCUCAAACCCGAGGGCGAAUUCUACAGUCCCGAGAAACCGAAGUACAAGCCUGGUGAGAGACCUUCCCAGGUUAGGCCCGAAGAUAAUCUAAGGCCAGAAGGUGAAUUCUACACGCCGGAGAAGCCAGGAUUCAGGCCUGCUGAAAGACCAGUACAGAAAAAGCCGCAGGACAACUUAAAGCCAGAAGGCGAAUUCGUGAAGCCUGAGAAACAAGUUUACAAGCCGGCUGAUAAAACUGAAAGAAUUAUUCGGAAAGAUAAUCUUCGUACGGAAGGAGAAAUGACGUUUGUAGAGAGAGAAGAAUAUCAAUAUGUGGUACGUCCUGAUCAGGUUAAGCCUUUGGACAAUCUCAAGCCUGAAGGAGAAUUCUACAGUCCCGAGAAAUCCAAGUACAAGCCUGGCGAAAGACCUUCCCAGGUUAGGCCCGAAGAUAAUCUAAGGCCAGAAGGUGAAUUCUAUGCGCCGGAAAAGCCAGGAUUCAGGCCUGCUGAGAGGCCCGAACAAAAGAAGCCACAGGACAAUCUCAAGCCCGAGGGCGAAUUUUACAGUCCCGAGAAACCGAAGUACAAGCCUGGUGAGAGACCUUCCCAGGUUAGGCCCGAAGAUAAUCUAAGGCCAGAAGGUGAAUUCUACACGCCGGAAAAGCCAGGAUUCAGGCCAGCUGAAAGACCAGUACAGAAAAAGCCGCAGGAUAACUUGAAGCCGGAAGGCGAAUUCGUGAAGCCUGAGAAACAAGUUUACAAGCCGGCCGAUAAAACUGAAAGAAUUAUUCGAAAAGAUAAUCUUCGUACGGAAGGAGAAAUGACGUUUGUAGAAAGAGAAGAAUAUCAAUAUGUGGUACGUCCUGAUCAGGUUAAGCCUUUGGACAAUCUCAAGCCUGAAGGAGAAUUCUACAGUCCCGAGAAACCUAAAUACAAACCUGGCGAAAGACCCUCUCAGGUUAGGCCCGAAGAUAAUCUGAGACCAGAGGGUGAAUUCUUCACGCCGGAUAAGCCAGGAUUCAGGCCUGCUGAGAGGCCCGAACAAAAGAAGCCACAGGACAAUCUCAAGCCCGAGGGCGAAUUCUACAGUCCCGAGAAACCCAAGUACAAGCCUGGCGAAAGACCUUCCCAGGUUCGGCCGGAGGAUAAUCUUAGACCAGAAGGUGAAUUUUACACGCCGGAAAAGCCAGGUUUCAGGCCUGCUGAAAGACCAGUUCAAAAGAAGCCAGAUGACAACUUAAGGCCGGAAGGAGACUUUUACAGUCCAGAAAAGCAACCGUACAGGCCUGGAGAACGUCCUUUGCAAGUUCGACAUGAGGAUAAUUUGAGACCCGAAGGGAGUUUCUUUGCUCCUGAAAAGCCAGGAUAUAUGGCGGGAGAUCGACCGGUACCUAAGAAACCUGUUGAUAAUCUAAAGCCUGAAGGCGAGUUCUUUACUCCCGAUCGACCAAAAUACCAACCAGCCGAUCGAGUUACUGUUGUAAGGCAGAAAGAUAACUUGAAGGUGGAAGGAGACUUCUACGUUCAAGAAAAAGAGGUAUUUAAACCUGCUGAAAGACCGAAACAGAAAAAACCUCAUGAUAACUUAAAACCAGAGGGCGAUAUGGUUAUACCAGAAAAGGACAAAUAUAAGCCUGCCGAUAAGGUGACAAGAGUUAUUCAUAAAGACAACCUUCGCAGUGAAGGAGAAAUGACUUUCACGGAAAAAACGGAGUAUCAUCAUGUUGUUAGACCUACCCCAGUGAAGCCGGAAGAUAACUUGCGAACCUCUGGUAAGCUUUACGUACCUGAAAAGCCCGCUCAUACAAAUGGUGAACGCCCCGAGCCGGUUAAGCCUAAAGACAAUUUGAAACCAGAAGGUAUAAUGUAUACCCCGGAAAAACCGAAAUAUGAGCCCGCUUCCCGUCCAGAACAGAAGAAAUAUGCCGACAACUUGAAACCUGAAGGUAAAAUGCACAUUCCCGAAAAGGAUGGGUACCGGCCUGCCGAUAAGGUGAAGACGGUUAUUAGAAAAGAUAAUUUAAGAACCGAGGGCGAAAUGACCUUCACCCAGAAGGAGGAAUACCAUCACGUUAAACGGCCGGAGCCAGUAAAGCCAAGUGAUAACCUUAAAGUCGAAGGCGAAUUUUAUACCCCCAAUAAAACUUCGUUUAGGCCUGCUGAGCGACCAAUUCAGAAAAAACCAAAAGACAAUCUUAAGCCGGAAGGAGAAUUUUAUAAGAGAACAGACCGCAGCGAGACCGAUAGCAAGAUAGUUACAGAAACCAUUAAGAGAGAAACGCCAAAACGCCCUGUUGACAAUCUGAAGCUAGAAGGGUCUAUGACUGUGACCAGAAGAGAUGAUUACAAAAAUACGUCCAAAACAACGGUGGACAAAGUUCAGCGUACUCAAAGAAUUAACCACAACAGUUCAUCUAUUACUUUGGGAAGUGAUACUACAAUCCGAAAAACAACAAAUCAGAUGAACUAUGUGUCUGGCAAGGACGCUGUCAAACAAGUCGAUUCGAGCGGUCAAAACCCGGUUGACGGUCUCAUUGUUGUGUCUACAACAAAGGUAACUACUGUCAUAGGAGGGCGUCAUAAGAAGGAACCAGAAACCGAGUAUGUCAAGAGGCCGGCAAAGGUAAACGUAAUAGAAAAUGUUGCCAAGAAUACUACUACGACAAAUAUCGAAAACACUCAAAACAUUCAUAAAGAAUCCACUUCUCUGCAAAGAAACCAAAACGUCAUAAAAAGUUCUGCCUUAACUACGGAAAGUAUCACGGGUACGGAUUCAUCCAAUACCGCGAUUGAAUCUAGUCGUAGACAUUUAACCGAUAAGAACACUGGCGACAUAAGCUCAAGAGUUAUAACCAGUGGAUCAGUCUCUAAUAACGUAGGUGGCGAAUCAUCGUCUCGCGUGAUUUCAGGCAGAAAUGUUAUUACUAACACGACUGAGAAUUCCACUUCACGGGUGGUGUCAGGAAGAAACGUAUCCAGUGAUGCAAUUGGCGAAACCACCACUCGUAUUGUAUCCGGAAGAUCUGACUCCAAUAACAUUAUCGGCGAUACAACAAGCCGUGUUCUGCCUGGAAGCACAGUUGGACAGAACACUAGCGAAGAUUCAACAUCGCGAACGGUCUCUGGGGGUAGAACUUCCACCCAUAACAUUGUGACUGGAAGCACAGCCUCGCAGACGACCACAUCAAAGCACUUCCAUCACCGAAAGAGCGAAUUCUCCUCAGAAGCUGACCUCUCCAACACGGUCUUCCAUCGCAAGAACGUAACCACCGAUUCGAAUACAGCCAAUGGCAGCUUGACGUCCAAUGGAAAGAUGCAGCGCAAGAGCAUACUGAAUCUGCACGAGCAGCCCUCGAGCACCAGUACCUAUGGUGGGGAGCGUCAGAGUUACAGCAGCAUCCAUCGCCAAAACCGGGACUCUGACGCAAAUGCGACUUUUACGACCGAGCGUCGUACCUGCAAUGUGCACAAGGAGAACAGGGAGCACAACGUGAAGAACUCAUCCUCAAUGACCCGCAUAAUUUCUGGUGGGGCCACCAAUUCGAAUGCCGAACGGUCAACGGUGACACGCAGCCAAGUUUCGGGUGGUGGAGGCAUUGAUUUUUCGUCUCAAUCCCAUUCCCACACCGGAAGCCAUACCAGCCGUCACCGAGGAAAUCAGCAGGUGUCCAGCUUGGGCAGUGGCAUCGAUUUCCCAUCCUACAGUGCUCAUGGCCACACGGAGCGUGUGGUCACCCGGCGAGGAAAUCAGUCCUCAAUUAGUCUGGGCAAUGAAAAGUUCACCGGCUCCAGUUUAUACAAGAGCGAAUACAUAACUGCCCCAAAAACGACGUGUGCUGUGCAUAAGAUUAAACAAGGUGCAUUCCAACAUACAAGGAGUACUCAAGAACACAAGUUCUUCAAGACCUCAAACCAAUAGUGCCCGACUACGAGUAUAUACAUAUCCUUUGCUUUACUAACACAGAAAUCCCAUAUUAAUGAUAGGCUAAGCAUGACAAUAUACGUUUUAUACAAUAUACAAACCAAUCCGAAAAUGAAGAUUAACAAUAAAGACUACAUUCUUAAAUCGA